AUGGGUCCUUUCCGUCAAUCUAGCACUGACCUGGCUUGGCAAAUGCCUGCUGCCUAUGUCCCAAUGGCGCGUUUGCCAGCUCCGCGGAUUGCCGGUGUGGCGAGCACAGGCAUCAAGGAGGUAGCGCCCAUGCAGCUGGAGGUUGAGAGCUCCACUGCCGAUUCAGGAACGCCGGAGCCUCCGUGGACGCCGCUUUCCAACUCCUCCCCGUGGAAGGAGAUGCCUCCGCCUGCACGACCUGCUUCUGUUCCAGAACCUCCGUUGGCACCCGAGGCGACUUGGGAAACUUCCGGCAGCUCCGGGGAGGCGGUCGACGCUGAGAGUGCGACGGAAGCCGUCCCGAGCAGGUGGCCACAGCAUGAUGACAGGCCGCUGCCAGACGACGAAGGGGCGGCUCCGACCCAGCGUGGCACUAGGGCGCGAUGGCAAUCGAAGACUGCAGCAACCAAGCUGCGCAAGGUCGAGAAAGCUUUCAAGCAGUUGAAGUCCGAGGUCACUCGGCUGCGUCGAACCGUGCGGAAGCGAUCUCUGUCAGAUGAAGGUUUGCUUUUGCCGUCUGAAGUGCCGGCUCUCUCCGAAGAGGCUCCGCUUCGGCCAGCGAGGCUUCCAGCUCCGAGCUUGCCCGCCGCGCCGGAACCUUCGGAGUGCAUGGCAGGAUCCGAGGCGCCCAUUCGCCAGAAGAAGAAGGAGCUUGAGGAAGGGUCUUUCUCGCCCAGAUCCAGGUCAGUGCAAAGCGCCAGUGGAACCUCCGAGCAGCCGGCGCCCCUCGAGGACGUCAGGACCCCCGGUUCGAGUGCGGGUCCUCCUUCGGAGUACUGGGAGUCAGAUGAAGGGCCGCCCACUCCGGCCUACCAGAAGCCCCGGCGCCCGCGCCGAGUGUCACAGGCGGGUCUGGGCGUGACGUCAGCCCCAGCCGCCCUAGCUCAUGGCUGCGGGUCCGCAGGUCAAAGUCGCUCCUGCUCUCCUGUUCUCAAAGAUGGUAGUGAGCUUCUCACGGAGACAGCGAUGGAGCCAAUGCCGCAGGUUCGGAUUGAGCGGGAGGCGACCAGCGAAGUGAAGGAGAGUUCCAUGGCCAGAGGCGAGGAGUCUGCUCCCUCCCUCGCAGCCAAUGAAAAGGGUCUGACCCAAUCGCCCCAGAUGGGCUACUGGGUGCAAGUUGACACCAUCCGUGGACUCCCCAGAGCAGGGAAAGGCGGCUAUCAGGUCAAGGCAUACUGGUCCGCUCAUCCGGAUCAGGCGGUGGUCUUUGACACAUGCCCUGCGUCGUCGGCAGAUCAAGCCAGCACUGAAGACUGCAUCAUAAGGGAUCAGGUUCUGCUGCCUGCCAGAGCAGCGCCGGGACUGGCGGUGGUGGAGGUCUUGCACGAGGGGGCCUCAAGCCCAGAUUUCCGGACCGAGCUGAAUGUCUUGGAUGUCCAGAAUCACAGGCUUCUCGAUCAUCAGCUUGCUGCUGAAAGCGGAUCUGCGACGCCCAGUAUUCUCUUGAGGAUUUGGCCUCAUCCGCUCAGACGAGCAUCACAGGUUGGGGGGGCCGGAGAUGCCAAAGAAGGUGUCGCCGCUGUUGCAGCGUCCCUGCAAUCCGGCCCGAGCCAGUUGAGCCUCGAAGACGAGGAGGACAUGGAAGAAGAGGAGUUCGAGGAGGAGGAGUUGGAGGAUGACCCUGUCUUGGACGUAGCGCCUGCUGCCAGCGGGACGUGA